AUGCCCCGCGCCACUAAGCAAGAAAACCAAGGCCCACCCCGACCGCCCGACAUGCGCUCCAUCGUCCCGCGUGGCACACGAUGGAAGAUGUGUGGGCGCGUCUUCCGCGCCUCGCAGGCGGGCCAGCCUGCGUACGCCUGCAACGCGCGCGUGCGCCCCGGGGAGAAGCUCAUGUUGCACUGCCAAAAGCACCACGGCCGGUCCAAGUUUGACGGGAGCGUCCCCGCGACCGACUGCCCUGUUGCAGGCCACGACCACACCGACGAUGUGCUCUGGAUCUCGCCGUGCUCGUGGCGGACGCUCUGCGCGAAGCGGGGCGUCGACCCGCACACAGGCGCCCCCCAGAGGACAAAGCACGAAGGGCCGCCAACAUCGCAUGAUGCACAGGCUCUGCCGCGGUCCUCCCAGCCGCCACCCGCGAGGCGGCCGACGAGAUUGACCCCCGCUCUCGAACGUGCGCACCGGCCUCGCCGCCCGCCGCUGCCUCCACAGGACACCGAACGGGAAGACACGCGCGUGCGCGUAGAACCGCCGCCGCCACUGCCGCCACUGCCACCGUCGCUGCCGGCCACCCGCCUGCCGUCCUUCCGCCAGCUCCUCAGCACGCUGCCCGAGGAGUUCCGGCGUCCGCCCUCGCGCCCCCACCUGCCCAGCCACAGCGCCGUGUAUGCGCCGCCGGUGCACACACCCUUCGUCGUGCGCACGGGCGACCCGUGGCCGAGGCCGAGCCUGUGCGGGCGGUUCCCCGGGACGUACUGUCUCUUGCCCGAGUGUCCGCACGCUCGGCGUGCCCGGCGUUGA